AUGCAUUACCUAGAGGAUACAAAAUCAUCUCUCUUGCUUUCUAUUGAACAAGUCGUAUUACUUCACGAACAACAACGGUUCGAGGAGGCAUUUCCAUUAUUCUUGCAUAUAGCUCAAGAGGGGAACCCUUUAGCGUCUUAUUACGCAGGUUUUUACCUCUACGAAGGAAAUUAUGGCGUUGAAAGAGACGAAAUUAAAGCUCUACAGUUGUUACAGAAAUCAGCCGUUGGCGGUAAUGUUCGAGGCCAGUACAUGUAUGCUAAUGCCUGUCUUUAUGGAACCUAUUACUCUAGAAAGGAAGGACUUAAAUAUCUUAAAAAUUCUGCGGAUAAAAACUGUCCUGAUGCUUUAUACAUGUUAUCUCAGAUCUAUAAGAAUGGAGAACAUGGUUAUGAAAUCAACGAUAAUAAAUAUAAAGAAUAUUUAUCAAAUGCAGCUAAUAACGAAUCAGAGAUAGCACAAAGAGAACUCGAAAUAUUAAAAAUGAAUAAGACGUAG